AUGUAUCAAGAUUAUCACUACAAAGAGAACCCAAGGACAGGAUUCUUGCAGAGUAACGGUUCGUAUGCUGCUAAGAAGCAGUUCCAAGAAAGGAAUCAAUUCUACACUUCAAGUGCAUCAAUAUUUCCAACAGACCUUGAUAACCAGAAGAGGUUUAACUCAGAAUACAGAAAAAGGUUCUUUGAGCCUCAGCCUGGAGCUCAAGAACACAGACCUGACCUGACUAACAAAGAUGGAAACAUUGCAAAUCCAUAUCUCCAGAAGAGAAGAAUGGGCAAGAAAAUUAUUAAGAACAAUCCUGUAUACCAGAAAGAUACUGGGGGCAAUGAUCACACUACUCACAAGCCGAUGAAACCGCUUGAGCAAGACUUCAAAAAGUCUGUAACUGAGAAGUUCAGCCAAGAGUUACAAGCUCAAGGGUAUAUGAAGCACUCGAAUAAAAUUCCUUCUCUGACUCCAAAGUACAGUCCAGGCAGGUAUGAUACUAGCGAUGUUCCUCCUCCAGUUGACCAGGAGCAGAAGCCUUAUAGAAGAGAGGCAGGCAGAUCACUUGUCAAAGACAGUUACCAGAGCAAUCAAAAUACCAGCAUGGAAGCAAGAAAUAUCAACAGAAGAAUUGUUGAGAACAACAUUGUUAGAAACAACUCAGUUGAGGUCCCAAGACCAAGUGAGACAACUCUUAGAGAGGACAGACUAGAAGCAAGCAAUCGUUAUCAAAACCCUGAUGAAAACAGAGGUGAUCAUAGAUUUGAAGAUUUUUACCAAAAUCCACCUCAAAAGCCGACUUUCAUUGAGAAAACUGAAAAUUAUCAGAAUACAGAUAGAUUCCAGCAAAAUAAUGAAUGAGAAGAACUGGACCCUACCAGACAGGAAAGCAAGAUGAAUCAAUUUUAUCCUUCUCAGGAACAACUGCAGGGUCACCCCACUCAACGUGAAACUGAAGAUGUUCUUCCUAGCCAAAUGUAUGGAAACAACCCUAACUCCCAAGUUGAACAGCCUCAAAAAAAUAGCAGCAUGGAGUUCAUUCCGAAAGGAAAUAAGAUAAAAUAUGAAGCUCCUAAGAUUCAAAAAUCAGUUAAUUUUAAUGAAAACCAACUCAAAGAUUACCAAGAACAGGUCUCAGAGACUCAUUCAAGAGUAGGCAAUAGAAGUCUCCAGGCCUAUGAAGAUGUUGAUAGAGAAAAUGUAGAGCAAGAGAGAUACUAUGCGAGGCUUAGGAAGGCAACCAUGAAACAGAACCAGAUAUUCAAACAGCACCUCAACAGAGUCUACAUCCCCCAAAAGAAAGUAGAAAGUGUCCUGAACCAGAGAGAAGACAGUAAAAUUCAGACUCUGAAAGCCCAAGCUAGCCAAUAUGAAAAAUAACCAAAAAGACAAUAUCAAGACUAUCCAAGGCGAGUACUCUGAAUUCCUUAGUAACCAGAUGAAGGAAAAGGAAUAUACCCAAAAUAUGUACGACCAGGAGAAGAGAUCUCUGUAUGAAAAUAUGAGAAUCAAGCAUCAAAUUCAAGAACAAAAGGAUAAGAUGCAGAAAAGAGAGAGGAUGGAAAGUCAGCUCGCUUACCGAAAUGCCCUCCACGACCAACAGAGAUAUAGAAAUGAGCAUCCAGAAUCUGCACUGAAAGUUACAGAAACUAUGAAGAGGCCAAAUGUUGCACCUCUGUUAGGAGAGCAGAGACAUAUGUCAAACCCAGAGGCUGACCAUUAUCCGAAGUCAACUAAAGGUAGCUCCCAUGGAUACCUCAACGAUGACCCAAGAAGUGUUAAUCAAGACCCAAGAGCUAACUACAAAGGACCCGAUCCAAUCCUGGCGCCUAUUUCUGAUCCACUCUAUAACCCUUAUGUGAGGAAAGAGAUGACUGACUCUGGAAAUGCUGCCAAGAAGAGGAACAUCUACAUCCCUCCGGACAGCAUUGCUUUUUAG